AUGUUCUGCAGGUGCGGCUGGCGCCGCAAUGUUGCCGAGGUGGCGGCUGCUCUCAAAGCAGGGAAGCACGCAGAGACACUCUUGGAGCUGAACGAAAAAAAGCGUUUACGGAAACGCGUCAAAGACUUGGAUUAUUGCCGUGCCUUGUGCUUCUUGGUGGGAAAAGAUGAUAUGUUGCACGCUCGACAGGCUCUACUAGAAGAGCUGCGCCAAUUUCCUGAGAAUACUGCGGCGCGUAUGCUACUGUAUGAUGUCAAUGCUAGGGUGCGUUCAUCCCUACUCCCACCUGCGGAAGUUAUAAAACGUGAACCCCUCUUUGGUUUACUCUGUGAUGCUCUCCUGGACCACACCAUGCUCACAUGGACACGGCUGUAUGGGUUGUAUCUUUCGACAAAAGAGUUAUGCUGCAGAAAUCAGGGAGGUGUUCUGAUGGAGUGCGGCGUCGCUGGUGGGGGCUCAGCGGUGCUACUCGCAGUAGUGGCGGCACACUACAGUAGACAUCCACGAAAGGUGUACGCCUUAGAUACCUUUGACGGUAUGCCCGAGCCUACUGCGUCUGACGUUUUGAAAGGCGUCUGCACCUCCGCGGAAGCAACUUCAUGGGGGAGUGGAACGUGCAGCGCCCUCCAGGAAAAUGUUCGACGACUCGCCAAAAACUUUGAUGUUGAGGAGCAUUUGGUGAUUUUCCCAGGUAUGUUUCAGGAAACUAUUCCGCAGGUUCUCAAGGAGAUUCGUACCGAGGGCAUCGUCAUGAUGCAUGUGGAUGCAGAUUGGUAUGAAUCGACAAGGUGUGCCCUAGAACUUUUGUGGCCGUUUGUGGUGAAGGGAGGCGUGGUGCAGGUGGAUGACUACAACUACUGGGACGGGUGUCGAAAAGCUGUGGAUGAGUUUAUUCAAUCCCAGUCGAUGAACAGUUCACACACGUUGCUGCAGCUUCAACCAGUUGACGUUAAUGCGGUGUACUUCACAAAACCGUAA